AUGGAACUCCUUUUGUUAACCAAAGAGUGUGGAGUGUUCUUGAAGAGUACCAAAUCAAACAUCACAACUCUUUCUCCUACUACCCAUAGGGCAAUGGCCAGAACAACUAGAUAUGAAACAACCAAAGUAAUACCCUUCUCGUUGGUUUAUGGCAUUGAAGCUAUACUGCCAACAGAGAUUGAAGUACCCACCGCCAGAAUGUUGUUAGAUGAAGCAAGGGAUCGUGAAGCUAAGUUACAAGAAUUGGAAGAAAAAAGAGAAAUUAUGGGAAGCAAGAUGGAAGAAUACCACCGAAGACUAGCAUUAGCUUAUGAUAAGCAUGUUCGGCUUAGGGUGUUCCUAAAGGGAGAUCUAGUACUAACAUAA